AUGAAGGCAGCGACAUGCGGCAGCGUUGCCAAAUUAACAGAAAUAAAAAAGAAAAACAUUAAAGUUAUUUGCGUUUUUCUGUCAACAUUUUUUUUAUUUGAAUAUAAAUUAUAUAAAAUCGGAAAUAGUUAAUUAAUUAUGGAUUUGAAAGUAUAAAUUCAUUUUCGAACAAUAGAAAAUCAGCUCCGUUUUAAUUAGAAAAAAUUUGUUUUAAAAAUGAAUGGCUCAUCGGAUAAACCCUUUGAUACACGAGCUGUGAGGAAAAGCACUAGAGGUGUAAAGCAAAAAGGUGUCGAUAGUGUUACAAAAAAAUUUCUUCGUAAUUUUGAUCCAGAGACAAGUGAAAGAGAAAAACGUAAAUUAAAUCGACGACUCUCUCAGCCGCAGAAGAAGAAUGUUUUAUAUGAUGAAAAAGGAAUUUUACAUGCAACUGGUGAUAAUCUUUGUGAUUGUUUAAAUAAAAAUUGUCUGGGCUGUCAUUUUCCAUGUCCUAAAUGUAGUUCUAUUAAAUGCGGUCACGAAUGCAGAAAUAAUAGAAAAUGGACUUACGAUGCAAUUGAAAAUGAAGGCAGUGAUAACCUCAUAAGAAAUCCUGUCGUAAAAGAAUCCUAGCGUUAAGCUUUACUUAAAUAAAAUUCAAAAACAGUAAGGCCAAUGAUGAAUACAUGCUUUUUUGUGAAGUGAAUUGUGAGACUGCUCUUAGUGAUAAAAGUCCUUUUUUUAAUAAGGAUUUACGGAAAUGGAUUCAUAAUAACUGAUUUCUCAUGGUAUUUAUACAUAUAUAUUUUUUCAUCAUCCUUAUGAUAAAAUAGAAUGUCAUUUUAAAUUACGAUUUUACUAUAUACAGUGAAAUUAAAAUCAUCCAUUUUAUUCUGGGGAUCCAUUAUUUUACUCUUACAAGGAUCUUUAAUUGAAUAAAUAAAUUAUAAAUAUAAUUAAAUUAAAUAUACAAAACUCGAUUAAUUAUACAUAUAUUUUUAUCGUUGAAAAAUUUUGUUUUAUCCGAUAAAAAAAAUAUCCUGUGAUUUGAAAUGAAUCCUGUUUUAUCAAAUAUAUCAAAUGAUACGAAAUGGAUUCUGUCUUCAUGGUUAAUGGCUUUUGAUUGAUGAUUGUAAAUACAAUUUAAGGGGAGGAAGAAAAUAUA